UUCGUGAACCAUCACGACCCUCGCUCUGAUUUUGAAGAAACCCCGACGAUUGGUGACCCGCGCCAUAUCGAUUCCAACUGCGCAACACCAUUGCCAUUCGUAUCACCGUCGCCAUCCCCAUCACAGCCGAGCCCGUCUGAAAUCCCCGUCCCCGGCGCGAUCUCGUUUCGCCCAGGGGACCUCUCCGCACGCCGCCAUCAUGGUUGUCUACUCGUUCUACAUCUUUGACCGGCACACGGAAUGUAUCUACUCCAAAACCUGGCUCCCCACCUCAUCAGAUCCCAGCAGCGGCAGCGGCCCAGCAACAGCAACAGCCACCACCACCACCACCAACCACAACCACUACAACCCAGCAACCGCCCUCCGACCCUCGACGGCCGACGAUGCCAAGCUCAUCUUCGGCGCCGUCUUCUCGCUGCGCAACAUGGUGCGCAAGCUGGGCGGCGAUGACGACGCCUUCGUCUCGUACCGCACCGCCCACUACAAGCUGCACUACUACGAGACGGCGAGCAGCCUGCGGCUCGUCAUGCUGACUGACACGGCGACGCUGAGCAUGCGCAACGUGCUGCAUCAGAUCUACAUCAAUCUUUGGGUGGAGUAUGUCGUCAAGAAUCCGCUGUCGCCGGUCGAGCACAAGGGUGGUGUUGGGGUGAGAAAUGAGUUGUUUGAGCUGGGGUUGGAUCAGUUCAUACGGGGAUUGAUAUGAGGGGUCCAUCGCAUCUCAGAAAGGGAUUCAUUUCAGGUUUCUCGAAAGGUUCAAGAUGCUGGGAAAAGGGAGCGAAUUGCGAAUCCCUUCGGAAUCACCGAGACCGAGUGCGAGACAAGGGGAGACACGACGAGCGGCAACUCCCGUUGCAAAACAUACGGAGAGAGCAUCGCAGCACAUCAGAUGCGCCUACGAGACGGCGCCAGACGGUGAGAGCACCGCCUCUGAAGAGAUGAGACCGGGUUACGCCGGUGCACCAAGACGCUGCCGAGGGCUUCCAAGGACAUGCCAGCGGGGUACAGGGAGAUGGAAGGAUAGAUCAGCUUCGGGCGGACGACAGAGAUACCCAAUAUACACCCGGAAGACAAUAUAUGCGCUGAAACCCCACUGUCGUCCAAAUCGCCAUCAUGAUGCUGUACUCUAUCAGGUCCGGAAACUACCGCUGUUCACAAUGCGAGCCAAUCCGGGCCAAAUGUACCCAUAUCCGUUAU